ACGUUUUAACGCUUCUAGCUACACAUAAAGAAACAUGGCGCUUAUUUCUACAAGGGCGAUUUUUAGUCCCGUGUUGAAGCAGACUCUCAAACAAAUUAUCUUCGCGAAGCAACUACUAAAAUGUCAACGUCGUCAAGUGAACAGUCGAUUAUUCCUUCCGACUGUUACCAGUCAGAGAUUCUAUGCAGAAAAGAAGAUAUUCAGUCGCGAUAAACCACAUUGCAAUGUAGGCACUAUAGGUCAUGUAGAUCAUGGCAAAACCACUCUGACAGCAGCUAUUACCAAAGUCUUGUCUGAGAAGCAAUUAGCAACAGCUAAGGGAUAUAGUGAGAUCGAUAAUGCUCCUGAAGAAAAGGCUCGUGGCAUUACCAUUAAUGUUGCACAUCUUGAAUAUCAAACAGAAAAUCGUCAUUAUGGACACACAGAUUGCCCAGGUCAUGCCGAUUAUAUAAAAAAUAUGAUCACAGGAACUGCUCAAAUGGAUGGUGCUAUACUGGUCGUCGCUGCAACGGAUGGUACAAUGCCACAAACUAGAGAGCAUUUGCUCCUUGCUAAACAAAUUGGUAUCAAGUAUAUCGUUGUGUUUAUUAACAAGGUCGAUGCUGCUGAUUCAGAAAUGGUAGAAUUAGUAGAAAUGGAAGUACGAGAGUUGCUUUCUGAAAUGGGUUACGACGGCGAUAAUAUUCCAAUAGCAAAAGGUAGUGCGCUCUGCGCACUUGAAGGAAAAAGUCCCGAAAUGGGUUCACAGGCUAUCCUGCAGUUGUUAGAAAUGGUAGAUAAACAUAUCCCGACUCCAAUAAGAGACCUGGAUAAACCCUUCUUACUUCCGGUAGAGAAUGUAUAUUCUAUUCCUGGUAGAGGUACCGUGGUUACCGGUAGACUAGAGCGUGGUAAACUGAAGAAAGGGACAGAUUGCGAGUUCAUUGGUUAUAAUAAAGUUUUUAAAAGCGUAGUCACAGGUAUAGAGAUGUUCCAUAAAAUAUUAGAGGAAGCCCACGCUGGGGAUCAACUUGGCGCUCUAGUGAAAGGUGUAAAGAGAGACGAAGCAAGAAGAGGCAUGAUAAUGUGUAAACCUGGCUCUAUGAAGGCGUAUGAUCACGUAGAAGCGCAAGUGUACCUGUUGAGUAAAGAAGAAGGUGGUAGGAAAAAACCGAUUGCGAGUAUGAUACAAUUACAGAUGUUUUGUAGAACGUGGGACGUUGCAGCGCAAUGUUCGAUAGUGGGAAAGGACUUAGCUAUGCCAGGAGAAGAUAGCACACUCGUACUAAAGUUGAUAAGACCAAUGGUAUUGGAGAAGGGACAACGUUUUACAUUACGAGAUGGAAUAGUAACUCUAGGAACUGGUGUAAUCACUAACACCCUGAAAGCACUUACGGACUCAGAGCGACAUGAUCUUCUCGAGGGCAAAAAGGUGCUGAAGAAGGAAAAGAAAGCAUAAAGAAAUUAGACUCAAUAAAUAUUUGUUACAAAAUAAAGCAGAAUUGUGCUGUGUAAUAAAGAAAAUAUAAAUCAGCUUAAUGAAAAUUUGAUAAGAUGCGCAAGAUGCGACCAUCAUAGAUAAUAUAAUAAUGAAUACAUUUAUGUAAAGAACAUGCAUUUCACUACAUUGUAAAUUGUAUAAUUUUAUUCAUUAACAAAGACCAAGUAUCAAUUCA